AUGAAAAAAAAGAAUUACGCAGUAAUAAAUCGAAAUGUUACAUCCACAAGUACGCUACAGGCACUAGAAGAACAUUGUAAGGUGAGGAUAGCAAUAGAAGAUAUGCGCAACAAAGACGCUACCUCUGCUAUAGAGGAUCAUACGGCGGAUACUAAUGAAAAUCCCUUUUUAAUAUCGGGAGAAAAAUCAUCUAAUGACGAAUUUGAGGAUGAUGAAAUAGUAACAAAUCCGAAAGAAAGUGGAGUAAUGUCACUAUCUCCUCAAUUACAAAAUGAAGAUUCACUUUCUCAUACUCCAAACAAGCGAAGGAUGAAUGAUGAGAGGAUUGUCCAAUACCUUAAUUCCAUGAAUCAAUCUUUAAAGUAUAAUCAAGUUACGGUUCAGAGGCCAUCUCUAUGGACGGAAUCCUUAGAUACUUAUAUUGAUAAUGUUUUGAAGGAAUUAAAGGAUACUUUUAAAUCGGAAAUAUUGAAGAUAAAGAUAAUAGUCACAUUUGGAAAUGUUAGCUUUGAUUGGAUAGAGUCGCACUCACCAGCAUCUAAACUAGCGAAAUCACCUACAAAUUCUGGUAUAGUUAAAGUUGACAUAAGUGGAAAUUUUUCACGCAGAGGUAUCGGCCCACCAUCGCCAUCAUCAGGUGAUCAUGCUAUUAACGAUGCAAAAAAGUCUCUACACACAGAUAUUUUGAACCUAAUUGCGAUUCUGCUAGAUCACCUUCGAGUUCUUGUAGAAGAUGCAACUAAAGUUAAAGUUUUUAGUUUGCAAGUGAUUGAAUAUCGUAUGACAUUGUAUUCACUUAACAUGCUAAACGAUGGCACUUUUCUCACAUCUGAACUGUAUUCUACCUUGUUACCAUUUUCGCUUGAUGCAAUAUCAAAGUACAAGGGAAUCCUUUACCUGAUGGCAGUUCUUCAUGAAGAAAUCACGAAGCAAAUCUCUAUUAUGAAAGACUUUGAUCUAGCAGUUCAUCAUAAUGGAAAAAGUAUAGUUCGAGACGUGCUAAAAAUUCCGAAAGGUUUAAAGGAACUAUUGAUCAUAAAAAAGUAA